UUUACUGCACGUCUCCCACCCAAAAUUUUCAAUCAUAAAACUCGCUCACACACGCACACUCCGUUCUGUCUGUUUAUACCUUUUCAGAUAAUCUUCAUGUGCAAACCCUUUAUUUCUGUGUUGAGUUAAAUAACAAGAAGAAUUUCUAUCAAAGAAUCUUCCCAAAAGAAUGGUGUCGCUAAAAGCAGGGAGCAGGCCACCAUGGGUAGGCUUAGGGGCUGCAGUUUGGGUAGAAAUAGCAGCGGGGAGUGCCUAUACUUUUCCUCUAUACUCUCCUUCACUGAAAUCAGUUCUUGGCUUCAACCAGCAACAGUUGACCAUUCUUGGAGUGGCAAAUGAUAUUGGGGAGAAUGUUGGGAUUCUUCCAGGCAUAGCCUGCAACAAAUUCCCACCUUGGGCUGUUCUUCUUGUGGGCGUUUUUGCCUCUUUCUUGGGCUAUGGUGUUCUUUAUCUUGCUGUUAGCCAAACUGUUCAAUCCUUGCCUUAUUGGGUUCUGUGGAUUGCACUAUGUGUUGCCACUAACAGUAGUGCAUGGCUUGGCACAGCAGUACUUGUUACCAACAUGAGGAAUUUUCCUCUCAGUCGGGGAACAGUUGCUGGGCUACUAAAAGGCUAUAUUGGGUUAAGUGCUGCAGUUUAUACAGAGGUGUACAGUAUGGUGCUUAAUGGGUCAGCUUCAAACCUAUUACUGCUCCUAACACUGGGCAUUCCCAUCAUAUGUUUGGCAAUGAUGUACUUUAUCCGGCCUUGUACUCCAGCUUCUGGAGAAGACUCUUCGGAGCAUGCUCAUUUUCUUUUCACUCAAGGAACCAGUCUGUCCCUCGGAAUUUAUCUCCUCACAACGAUAAUUUUAAAAGACGUGUUAUCCCUUGGUAACACCAUCUCCUACAUAUUUGUCGCCAUAAUGGUUAUUCUUUUGAUGGCUCCUCUAGCAAUACCAUUAAAAAUGACAUUGUUCCCUGCAAAUCAUAAGAAACCAAGCCAAACUGAUUUGCUCGGUGGCGACGGUGGUUUAACCCAGACAGAUCCUUUGCUGACACCAUCUUCAUCAGCAGCAUAUCUUGGAAGUUUUUAUGAGAGUGAAGAUAUGACAGAAGUGGAUAUUCUUCUUGCUGUAGGUGAGGGAGCGGUGAAGAAGAAAAAAAAACCUAGGAGAGGAGAAGACUUCAAAUUCCGUGAAGCUAUAGUGAAGGCUGAUUUUUGGCUCCUGUGGAUUGUUUACUUUCUUGGGGUUGGCUCUGGAGUAACUGUCCUUAAUAAUUUGGCCCAGAUUGGAGUUUCGCAUGGUGUGAAUGAUACGACAAUAUUGUUAAGUUUGUUCAGUUUUUCCAAUUUUUUAGGUCGCCUUGGGGCAGGAAUUGCUUCCGAAUACUUAGUAAGGUAA